AGGCUUUUAGAUGUCCAAUUUGUCAACCAACAAUCCCACCUCUCUCUCUCUCUCUCUCUCUCUCUCUCUCAACUUUACAUUUUUUCUUUUAAAAAAUAUUUUAUUUUUUCCCCUUGUUCUUUAUAUAUAAUAAUCGCAAAAGCCCACUCCAAUACAAAUCCCCUCUUUCUAUAUUCGCAACCAUCUAAAAUCAGCGCCUUGUUUUGUUCUUGAUUUUCUUCCUUAUCUUGCCACAGGAGCCUGCUGAAGAAGGUACAAACUUCCCAUGGAUGUUGAUUGGGAUUUAAAUGCAGUGGUGAGAGGUUGCGCCACCGUUACGACAACCGGCGGAAGCUGCGGUGUUGCAAACGGCUCCUUCACGGCGGAUUUAUGCUCUCGAUCCAGUUUUCCAUCAUUUGUUGGUCAAGAGCCUUUUCCGGGUCAGUUGUUGUCUUUUCCGAAUCAGUUUGAAGCCGGGAAUAAUAUGGAGGAAUUGCAUGAGCUUUACAAGCCUUUCUUCUCCAAAUCUCAGCCUCUUCCUUCACAGAUAAAACAACAGCAAGAACAUCAACUCAAGCCCAAGCAGUAUGGCCCUGCUACAACAGCUAGUAGCACUUGUAGGACUCCCGGUUCUCAUAAUUAUCGGUCUAAAAGAAGAAAGAAUCAGCUUAAAAGGGUUUGCCUAGUUCCGGCGGAGGGUUUAUCAUCAGAUGUGUGGGCAUGGAGAAAAUACGGUCAAAAGCCCAUCAAAGGAUCUCCUUAUCCAAGGGGGUAUUACAGAUGUAGUAGCUCGAAGGGGUGUUCGGCCCGGAAACAAGUUGAACGACACAGAUCCGACCCGAAUACGUUCAUAGUCACGUACACGGGUGAACACAACCACCCUGCUCCGACGCACCGGAAUUCACUCGCUGGCAGCACCCGCCAGAAGGCUUUCACUCCACAAACUGCCGCCGCCGGUGACUCCGCCAAACCUUCCCCGGGUAAACCCGUGGACAGUUCGUCUCCGGCGACCUCCGUGGAUGAAGGGGUUGUGGUUCAGAGUACGAAGGUGGACAGCAGGGAGGAUUUGGUUGAAGAAGGUGGGGAAGAUGAGUUUGGGAUGUCUGACACGGCGGUGAGUGAUGAUUUCUUCGAGGGUUUAGAAGGAAUUGCUGAAAUGGUCGCCGGAGAUUCUUGGUCUGAUAAUCAUCCGGCUACUUUUGACCUUCCUUGGAUUGUGAACAGUGCCGCUACUGCCGCCGGUGGCAUAUAAAACUUGAUCGGAUACGUCUCUUUUUUUUUUACCUUUAAUUAUUGUAUACGUCACACACACUUUUUGGUAGAAUCUAAAC